AUGAAUGAUAAAAUUAAAAAAUGCUGCCCGAAUUGCUCACAAGCUUAUCAAUUGAUAGCUUUGGCGCCCAAAGGCUAUGGAAAUAUACCGCUGUUCCUUUCCUGUGGGCACUCAAUGUGCGAGACCUGCAUAAGUAAUAUUGUGAAGUUUGAGGAGCCUAUAAGCUGCAAAAUUUGCCAACAAGAUAUGACAGUUGAUACCAAAAACCUGCCCCUCAUACUAGGAGAUAAAGCGAAAUUCUAUAAAAUAUUCCCGAUUAAUGUGUUUAUUCUUGGAGAACUAGCACAACGCUAUAUUAUUCAGUCCAAAAGUAAAAAUCAAAUUGAAGAGGAACCUUGUUUCAUAGAUCUCGAAUGGAUUGAUAAAACUCUACAGUCAGAUGAAGGGUAUUGUAUGGAGUGCAAAAGUCCAACCAACCGAAUGUGCAAUGAAUGCUCCAUCAUACUUUGUGUUCCCUGCUUCAACAAAAGUCACAAGAACUUUAUAAUAUUCAAGAGCCAUAUGCUUCAGAACAUUGAUAUGAAAUUUCCUAGUAUGUGCUCAACCCAUAAAAAUAAGCCAAUUGACUACUAUUGCAAGACAUGUCAGAAAUCUGUGUGUAUGGAUUGUUCUAUGGUUGGUGGUGAAAAAUCAUGCAAAACUCAUAAUGUAGUCACAAUUCAGGACAUGAAUGAAACAUUUACAAAUGAAUUAAAGGAAAUAACACCUAAAAUUGAUGAGAUGUACAGAAGAUUUACCAAAACUGCAGUAGAUAUUGGCAAUAACCUUCUCAAGUUGCAAAAUGAUUCUGGACCAUUAGAUCUAACCACAAUGCUGAAUAAUGUGGAACAACAAUACUCAAGACUAAUGUUGCAAAUACAAGUACAUAAAGCAGAUAUAACCGAUACUAUAAUACAUAUGAAAGAAAGCGAAAAAAAUUCUUUGCUCUCAGCAAAGAAUUGCAUUGGUAACGGUUUAAAAGUGUCUAGAAAAUUCCUGAAUGACAUUAAAAAUAUUAGCGCAAUGCAAAAGGCCAAUUUAUCUGUCAUCCUUGAAGAUGCCAAAAAGAUUAUGGAGAUUCCUUGGUAUUUAUGCAAAGAUGAACCUGAUGAUCAUCUCAAGUUGACUAUAAAUGAAGAUAUAUGUGACAAAGUACAGGACUACAUUCAACUAGAAGGUACCAGCAGUUGUGCAUACAAGUUGUAUACAUUGAAUGACCUGCAAGAGAAGGAUAUUGAGAUUCCUACUGCACCUUCAGCCCCAGUUCAUCCACCUAUAAUGGUUAAAGAUGUACGUGAAUCAGCGAUAAAGAAAGUUAAGGAAGUAGCAAAACCAAAGGCCUUGUACAAGGAGGCACCCUCGUAUCACAGCAGGAGUGGGUCGUCUUCAUUGAUCAGCUCUGCUAACAAUGAUGAUAGUGAUGUGUCUAGUGAAUCACUCAAGACUAAUGAAGAAAGUUCAUACUAUCCAACUUUGCAAGAAGACAGUCAAGAGCUCAUCUACAUAUCGCACAUCGUCGAUCCUCACAACUUCUUCGUGCAACGUGCUUGCCAUCAGUUGCCAGUCGAUGAAAUACUCAAAGAGUUUCGCAACGCAGUGUCCCUGCCACGGCCCAACGCACAACACAUAGUUAAAGGUAAAAUCUAUCUGAUGCACAACCAAGCGGACAAUCUAUGGCUGCGAUGCCGUAUCGAAAACAUCGACCGAAAGAACCCCAACAAAGUUAAGUACCUAGUGUUUUGCAUUGACUUCGGAGGCACGGAGGUCCUCACAAUUGACAAAUUGCGUCUCAUACCACCUGCGCGUGCGCAUUCUCCGGCGCCAUUUGCAAUACACUGUUCGCUUGCCAACUGUCAACCGUCAAAUGGAACUUGGACUAGUAACGAUGCCUUUCUUAUACAGAAUAUUGUAGACAAUAAACAAGCCGUGAUUCACAUACGUCGUAUACGGUCUUCGCCGUAUAAUGACCUCAUGCUGGAAGUUGACGUGACUACUUUCGAAUACGGAGUGAGCCUUGCGCACGCGCUGGUAUUUCACUCGAGGGCUUUCAUGCCAGAAAAAUUACCAUAUCCUAAAAUGACUGGAUUGACUGAAAAACUGAAGAUAUUUGACAAUAACAAUCAUUUUAAACCAAAUGCCGACGAAGAAGUAUACAUGACACACGUUCUCAGCCCUGAUCACUUUUACGUUCGAAUGCGUCAACUUCAAGACGUGUAUGAAAAUUUAUGCGAAAAAUUGGAUCUAUGUUAUAACCAGCACACUCAAACUGGAACUAUCUACCUUCCGGAAAAAAAUAUGUAUUGCGUCGUAAACGUCGAGAAAUACGGCGUAAGCGCGUACGGGAAGUGGGCGCGGGCUCGUAUAAUAGAAAUGCCGGGACGCGGACGCGUACGCGUACUACUUCUUGAUAUUGGUAUAUCCCUACUGGUGCACUGGAAAUCAGUCCGGAGGAUACAUAAGCAGUUUACCGUACAAAAAGCCCUGGCGACUGAGUGCCACUUGGCGGGAGUAACGCCCAUAAACAAGCAGUGGAGUCCCGGAUCUGUGUUACUUUUGAAAAAAUAUAUGGAUCGAGUUCUUCAGCUGCACAUAGAUGAAGUGCGGCAGCACGGUUCUAUCUCGGUCACACUCUGUGACACUGUUGAUGACAACACCGUCUGCAUCAAUGAGCUUAUGAUCAAACAUAAAUACGCUGUCACAUUCGGGAUAUACACAUUCAAUAAAAACUUCGGAACAGAUAAGCUUGCAGGCUUCAACAAACAACCUGAGAAAAGUAACAGCAAACAAAAUAAAGAGAAAAUUGAAAUACAAACCCGCCCCAAACAAAUCGCCAGUAACUCAGAAAGCUUAAAGACCAAAAAUGAAAACUUAGGAGCAAUAGACAAAGGACCUCUGCGAUUAGAAGUGACGGUAUUAAGCUACAAUUCACCUUCGCUGUUCUAUGUCUCGUUGGUUCAACAAAAGCAGGCGUAUCAAGAGUUUUACGAGAAAAUUCAGAAAUAUUAUGCGGAAAACGAGAAUUCUGAGCCCAGAGAAAAUUGGGAGGUUGGCGACAGAUGUUGUACACUGUGUACACAAUCGAAGACGUGGCGACGCGCUACCAUUUUAGAGUUAUCUAAUAACGAGGCUAUGUUGUUUUACUCGGACUUUGCCUUUGUCGAGACUGUCCCCCGAAACAGUUUAAAAGAGCUUCCACAAGAGUUCGUUACUUUUGGAGACGGCGCCAUUAUGUGUCACCUGUUUGGCGUUGUACCAGCUGUUGGGGAUCAAUGGCCAACUCUCACUAAAGAAUAUCUAGAGGUUUCUCUCGAGAAGUACCAAAGAAUAUACAUAACUAAAACGGGGCAAUUCAAAGGCAAAAGUAUGCCGGUAGAACUGUGGGUGUACCAUACUACACCUGGUAGUGCACUCGAGCCUAACAUCUCUGAAUGGCGAUGCCUUAACCACAAGAUAAUUGAAAAGGGUUUAGCAAUACCGGAUAAGUCUGAGAAGGUACCGCAAACGCCAGAAAAUGACUGUGAUAACCUCUCGUUUCUAAAUUUGGCUGGAUCAGUGCAAGACUGGCUACAUUUAGAACCUUUACCGACGAAGCCCUUAGUCUUAAACCCGGAACCAAGCAGUUCACCGGUGGAAGAUGUUGACUCCAACAUUGAUUCUGUGCUGUCUGGUUCUAAAACAGAACUUAUAUCGGAUUGGUUGCCCCCAGAACCGUUUCAAAGCAAGGAGUUUUUAGGGAUGCCUACUUACCUUAACAAUGAUGGCGUUGUCUACUUACACGAUAUCGCCCAGCAGGACACUUUGGAUUUGAUUAAAAAAGCACUCCAAGUUCGCUUUAAAAAACCAGAUCCCAAAGCAAAAUAUGCGAAGUGGUCUGUCGGAGAACCGUGCGUUGCCCUAUUCUAUUUAGACAAUCAGUUCUACAGAGGACGCGUCAUUCAAGUAAAUAAAGAAACUUCCACCUGCCUCAUUCACUAUGUUGAUUACGGCAAUGAGGAAGAGUGUUCAUUUGAAAAUCUUAGAAAGAGUAUUGCACUUUAUCAAUUACCUAUUCAAGCACACAAAUGCGUUUUGGAUCGAAUCAAACCAAUCGGUAAACAAUGGGACAGGCUAACGUUAGACUAUAUUCACAAAUCGGUAGUAGAAAAGGAAUGUUUUGUCAAGGUCACCGGUGAACCCAUAGAUGACAUCACUCCGAUUGAUCUGAAGUUUGAUAAACUUUGGAUAAAUGAUCAUUUAGUUGAUUUUGAAAUGGCAGAAUAUACAGACGGGUCAAAACCAGUAGUAAGAAUGUUUGUGCCGAAUACAAAUAUUAUAAGUACAAACGAUGUGCAAGAAGAAUACGAUUCCGGACCUGAUUACAUUGUUGAAAGCAGUGAGAUAUCACUGACAGAAUUGUCAGAAGUGGCAGAAAAGUUAGUGUACAAAGAUUGGAACAAAAUGAUCGAAGACGAUGACGCAGAGAGAGAUUCAUUAGAAGAGUUUCUAGAUUUUAUCGCUUUCCCAAAGAACACUGAAACGGAAUUUCUAUGUAAUGUUUCGCAAAUCAAAGGUCCUAACAAAUUCGAAUUGAGUAUAAUAUUCGACGAUGAAAAAAAUGCUGUAUACGAUGCAAUGUUUCAGAAACUUCAGUUGAAUGCUGCUGAUAUGUGUCCAUUAAAUGGUGCUUUUGAAAACAAAGCCUGCGCAGCUAUCUUUCCCGAAGACGGGGAAUGGUACAGAGCCAUUAUCCUGCAAUAUAGCAAGGAUAAGGCGCUAGUCAAAGUGAAAUACGUCGACUAUGGCAACGAAGAUGUUGUGUCACUAGCUGAUGUGAGAGAAAUCGACGAUACGUUCAUCGAACUUCCCCCAGCUACCGUAUCUGCUAAAUUACACGACGUUGCUAUCAAUUCCAAAGUGGACGCUUCGGUCAUUGUACGUGAACUUUACGAAUUAUUCUUAGAUGGACAAUUUUACGCAAAAAUAGUAGACUAUGAUGAUGAUAUAGCUGUAGUGGAACUGAAAAAUGAUUCUCACGAAACUGUUUAUAAAAGCUUAUAUGAUAAGAACUAUUUUUUAAGGAUAUAA